UGCAGUCCACGUGUGACCAUUCAAUUUUAUAGUGUCCAGUGUUCCAAAAAGGAAAAACUUUAAUAAUGAAUUUAGGUGUGACAGCGGAAGAAUUACUGAAGAAAGAAGACUAUUUAACGACUGGCUGUUCUAAAAUUGAUGAAUUAUUAAGGGGUGGCAUUUCUAAGAGAGGAAUAACACAGAUUUAUGGAGAAGCCGGUACGGGAAAGACUCAGUUUGCUCUUCAGCUGUGCCUGACAGCUCAAAUAUGCCCAGAAGGAGAGAAAGCAAAAGGUGUACUCUAUAUCUGUACGGAAUCAAUAUUCCCAUCGAAACGUCUACAGGAGCUUCUGAUAUGCUCGCCAAUUUCAAUAAAACAUAGACCCACCAGUGAUUUGAUAUUUGUAGAACAUGUGUCCACAGUUAGAGAUCUGGAGAACUGCAUUUUGACUCGAGUACCAGUGAUCCUGACGAAUAAUUCAAUUUCUUUACUCAUUAUCGACUCGAUUGCUGCUCCCUAUCGAGCGGAAUACGAGGAAAACCAAUUGAAGAGUAGAGCUAAAAGCCUCAGAAGCAUUGGACAUGCGUUACACGGAUUCUCAAUAAAUAACGACUUAUGUAUUGUCUGCAUAAAUCAGGUUUCUGCUAGUAUGGGAGCAGUGAAAUCCUCGUGUCACGAGUACCAGCCAGUGCUGGGGGUCACCUGGGCCUGUCAAGUGACGAAUUCAAUAAAUUUUUGCCGAAUUCAUGACCAACGACAUAUUCAUGUGAGGGAGUCCUCGUACAUACCUCGUGAAUCACUCUCAUUCAACAUCACACAGGCUGGGGUCUUUGGAUCGUCGGUUUUAUUAUGAAAAUAGUCUUUAUUAAACAGU